CAUAAACUUGACCGUUUAUAAAUUGGAAACCAGCCUUCUCCCAUCUUCUCAUAUCAAAACCCAUUUCUCCUCUAAUUAUUUACCUUCUCCCCUAAACGAACAGAGAGCAAUAUUAACUAUCAUAUAUAGAAGAAAAAAACUAUCAUAUUGUAUAGAAUACUAAUCAAAACCAUAUAAUAUGGCGCCUUUCAGGAUCACGCCCCUACCUCUCAUCUUCCUCGUACUCAUUGUUUGUUCUUCAUCACUAGCUACAGUGGAAGGCUCUAUCCAGCUGGGAGGCCCAAAGAUGCAUGAGAGUUUCAUGCGUUACAAGAAUGGGGAGACGGAAGUGAACAAGAUCAUGAGCCACAGGAAGUUGAUGUUCCACUCGACUGCAGACUACGACGACGCAGGACCAAACCCUAAGCACGAUCCAAGAAGGAAGCCCGGAGGCAGGCCUUGAAUCAUUCAAGUCACGAUUCUCUCUCUCUCUCUCUCUCUCUCUCUCUCUCUAUAUAUAUAUAUAUAUAUAAAAACACAUGCAUGAACGGGUAUUUAUAUAUGAAUGUAUGUAAUCCUUCUAUUCUGACAUUUUGUUUGAGGAUGAGAUCAGUGUACAAUACCCUUCAGAAACGCGUUCGUGAAAGGAGAUUAGUAUACUAAAUUACUAAUUAAUUAUAUCAUCUUGUUCUAUUGACAUGCAUGUAUGUAUGUAGUAGCCCGUAAUUCUCUGUGUACUUCGUUAUAUCGGAUAUUAAAUAAAGAGCGUUAUAGCUGUUUUUA